AUGGAGAGCCUGCUGGAGAGCCCGGUGCGCGCCGUGCUGUACCUGAAGGAGCUCACGGCCAUCGUGCAGAACCAGCAGAGCCUCAUCCACACGCAGCGCCAGCGCAUCGACGAGCUGGAGCGGCGGCUGGACGAGCUGAGCGCCGAGAACCGCAGCCUGUGGGAGCGGCAGCGGGGGCCGCCGGCCCAGCCCGCGCCCGCGCCCGCGCCCGGGCCCGCGCCGCGCCCGCCCGCCGCGCCCGAGCCGCCGCCGCCGCCGCCGCCGCCGCCUCAGCACCACGGACAGCGCCCGGCGCAGCCGCAGCCCGGCCCCGGCGCCCGCGCGCGCGCCGCCUCCCCGCCGCCGACCCCCGCGCCCGGCAAGGACAAGGAGCGGCCCCCGGGCUGCUGCGCCGCGGCGGGCGCGCUCCUCCCGCACAAGCCCCCCGCCGCCCUCGGCAAGGGCGUCCUGGGCCGGAGACCCGGGAAUGAGACAGUGCUGCACCAGUUCUGCUGCCCAGCCGCGGACGCCGAGCAGAAGCCCGCCUGCUCCGACCCCGCCGCCCACAGUGACGGCUCCUGCGCCCAGGCCGGCGGGGGUCUGGAGGACUCUGCGGCGGCGGCGGCGGUGGCGGUGGCGGCAGCCGGCAGACCCGCUGCCCACGCCCCGAAGGCUCAAGCCCAGGAGCUGCAGCAGGAGGAGGAGCGGCCUGGGCCAGACGGGACCUCCCCGAGGGCUGGCCUCCACCGUGGGGCCUCCCCUGGCCGGCCUCAGCCCGCCCACACCCCUGCCACUUCCGAGUACGAACGCUCCCUUGACCUAAAGAGUAAACAGAUUGAGAUGCUAGAGCACAAGUACGGGGGCCACCUGGUGUCGCGGCGGGCGGCCUGCACCAUCCAGACCGCCUUCCGCCAGUACCAGCUCAGCAAGAACUUCGAGAAGAUCCGCAACUCGCUGCUGGAGAGCCGCCUGCCCCGGCGCAUCUCCCUGCGCAGGGCGCGGGCGCCCACGGCCGCCGAGAGCCUGGCAGCUGAGAGGGCGCUGGUGGAGAGCUGCGGGCUGCUGGGGCUGCCGCUCACGCGCGCGCCCUCCCUGCCGCCCGGCCUGGCGGGCACGCUCACCGAGCUCGAGGACUCCUUCACCGAGCAGGUGCAGUCCCUGGCCAAGUCCAUCGACGACGCCCUGAGCACCUGGAGCCUCAAGACCAUGUGCUCCCUGCAGGAGAGCGGUGCCUACCAGCUCCACCAGGCCCUGCACGCGGGCUCCGCACAGCCCGGCCUGGAGGUUGAGAUGAGGGAUCCGGACGGCAGCGGAAGCGGCGGCGCCGGCGCUGUCCCGGGGUCCGGGGAGGAGGCUGCGGAGGCCGGCCUGUCCCAGGGUCACAGCAGCACCCUCAUGAUGGCCUUCCGGGAUGUCACCGUGCAGAUCGCCAGUCAGAACAUCUCCGUGUCCUCCACGGCGCUGUCGGUGGCCAACUGCCUGGGCGCACAGGCCCCCGCCGCGGAGCCCGCGGCCAGCAGGGCCGAUCGCGACGAGGCCCCCGGGCUGGGGGACCAGGACGCCACAGCUCGGGGGGCCACCCCCACCGCGGACUCCUGUGCCGAGCCCGAGGCCGAGGCCGGCACCCAGCAGCCGGAGGCCGCAGAAGGCGUGGUGGAGGAGGCUGCGUCGGCUGAGGUGGAGGAGGAGGAGGAAGAGGAGGCCGGGAAAGCCGCCGAGGCGGAGGGGGGAGAGAACUCGGAGCGGCUCGGUGGUGGCAGCAGCGGCACCUCGGCCACGCCAGCCAGGCCGGGCCCCGAGGCGGCGGCCUCGGCCUCCAAGGAGGCCCUGCAGGCCAUGAUCCUGAGCCUGCCGCGCUACCACUGCGAGAACCCGGCCAGCUGCCGGUCCCCCACGCUGUCCACAGACACGCUGCGCAAACGUCUCUACCGCAUCGGCCUCAACCUCUUCAACAUAAACCCAGACAAAGGCGUGCAGUUCCUCAUCUCCAGGGGCUUCAUCCCCGACACCCCCAUCGGCGUGGCCCACUUCCUGCUGCAGCGCAAGGGCCUCAGCCGCCAGAUGAUCGGCGAGUUCCUGGGCAGCAGCAAGAAGCAGUUCAACCGCGACGUGCUCGACUGCGUGGUGGACGAGAUGGACUUCUCCGGCGUGGAGCUGGACGAGGCGCUGCGCAAGUUCCAGGCCCACAUCCGCGUGCAGGGCGAGGCGCAGAAGGUGGAGCGGCUCAUUGAGGCGUUCAGCCAGCGCUACUGCAUGUGCAACCCCGAGGUGGUGCAGCAGUUCCACAACCCCGACACCAUCUUCAUCCUGGCCUUCGCCAUCAUCCUCCUCAACACCGACAUGUACAGCCCCAACAUCAAGCCGGACCGCAAAAUGAUGCUGGAGGACUUCAUCCGGAACCUCAGGGGCGUGGACGACGGCGCGGACAUCCCCCGGGAGCUGGUGGUGGGCAUCUACGAACGCGUGCAGCAGAAGGAGCUCAAGUCCAAUGAGGACCACGUCACGUACGUGACCAAGGUGGAGAAGUCCAUCGUGGGCAUGAAGACGGUGCUGUCAAUGCCACACCGCCGCCUGGUCUGCUGCAGCCGGCUCUUUGAGGUGACGGACGUGAACAAGCUGCAGAAGCAGGCCGCGCACCAGAGGGAGGUGUUCCUCUUCAACGACCUGCUGGUGAUUCUCAAACUGUGUCCGAAGAAGAAGAGCUCGUCCACGUACACCUUCUGCAAGUCGGUCGGCCUGCUCGGCAUGCAGUUCCAGCUCUUCGACAACGAGUAUUACUCCCACGGCAUCUCGCUGGUGACGCCGCUGUCGGGCUCGGAGAAGAAGCAGGCGCUGCACUUCUGCGCGCUGGGCUCCGACGAGAUGCAGAAGUUCGUGGAGGAUCUGAAGGAGUCCAUCGCGGAGGUGACGGAGCUGGAGCAGAUCCGGAUAGAGUGGGAGCUGGAGAGGCAGCAGGGGACGAAGUCGCUGUCCCUCAAGGCCGGGGGUGCCCAGGUGGACGCUCAGCCCAAGCAGGGGUCCCCCCCAGCCAAAAGCCAGCCGGCGGCCGGGGAGAAGCCCGCGGCGGCGGCCGAGAGCCCGGGGGAGGUAUCAAUUCACAACAGGCUCCAAACGCCCCAGCACACGUCCGGGCUGGGGGCCGAGAGGGGACCUCCGCCAUCACCGCCACCACCGCCGCCGCCGCCGCCGCCGUCAGACCCGCAGCCUAGCCCCCCGGGGGAGCCGGCCCUGCGACCUCUGCCCCCCGCACCCCCUGGCACCCUGGUCCAGUGCCAGCAGAUCGUGAAGGUCAUCGUCCUGGACAAGCCCUGCCUGGCCCGCAUGGAGCCCCUGCUGAGCCGGGCCCUGUCCUGCUACGCCGCUGCCUCGUCCCCCACCCCCCUGCGGGGCCCGGGCUCCCCCACGGCCGCCCACCAGCCCCCGCUGCCCCCGCCCCCGCCCCCCUACAACCACCCGCACCAGUUCUGCCCCCCCAGCUCCCUGCUGCUCCGGCGCCGGGGCUCGGGCGGCUCCCGCAGCCUGGUGUAG